CCGGCGCAAAAUGGCGGGUCCGCCGCAGCCCCCGCAGCCUGCUGGUCACCGUCAGGCCGUGCCUGGCAACCGCUGGGAGCGGCUGCCGCCGGUCCCGGCUCUUGCCAGGCUCACGCUGUCGCCCGUCCCCGAGUCCGGCGGUGGGGGCUGCCUGCGGGGUCACGCUGCUAACGGCCCUGACUGCCCGGUACCGCUGAGCGGCCGCGGUCCGUGCCAGGCUGCUGCUGGAGCGGAGCGGGAUUGUUCUGGGUCACACCGGCAGGGCCCAGCAGCGUUAAGCGGCAUCGUGUUACUUCAGCUGCCUCGUAACGCAUUGUGUUCAGUGGAAGGGACUAAGCACACGUGGGAAAAGUAUUUAUUGCUGUUGCUAAGUGAGAUCGUUCCUGGCUGUCCCAUGACAGACCAGAGCUGCAACUGGAGAAGCCCUGUGGCUGUGUGGAGAAGCACGUGUCACUGCAAGUGCAUCUUCUGGAAAUGCAGCUCUGGACUUUGCUCCAGGUCCCUUUAUAUGCUUGCCAGAACUACAACAUACCGUGCAUCAUUUAAGUAAAUCUGCAGCAAAUCCACAGAAGAGAAAAAUGUAUGUGGAGAAGCAGGAAUGGGCUGAGAGGUUGAGUGAGAGGAAGAACAGUCUUCCUCAGAAGAGUCUCAUGAAACCUACGCCAAGUUAAAACUGUAAACUUGCUUUAACCUAAGCUGUAGUCAAUAAAAGGCAGGUGGUGCUUUACCGCUGAAGUCAGCUGAUACAAUGUGAGCUGUGAUUUGGUCAGUGCAUUCUGCACAUGUCAGUUUCAGAUGGUGUUGGUUUCGAUUACCUCAGUUUUGUUGACAAGAUGUAAUUAUCACGGUGUAGAUAAGUUCUGAGACAGCUGUAGGGAUUGAUGAACUCUGAGAAUUAUUGAUGGUUCCUUGAACUUAGAGUUUCCCCAAGCACUAGUGCCAUUCUCAGUUCUGAAUGAAUGCCAAGAGUCAGCAUCCAUUUAAUGGCAACAAUGAAAUCCUGUGCACACCAAUUAAGCAAUUGCUAAUGCUGGGAUCUGUCUAAUCAGAUAAUCUUAUUAGAUUCCAAAUGAUACUUUCAAAGAACAAAAUAGAAAUUAAUUCUGAGAGCUUCAUGGAAGAUCUCUGUGCCAAGAUUGUAGUCCAAUUGGACAGAUAAACCCUGACAUUCAUUCAUGACAGGGUUGACUGAUGUAAAAAUUAUUUGAACAAUAUGAAUAUUGUAAAAUAAAGGAGGGCUUAAGGACAAAAUUCCUAAAUCAGGAAACUCUCCUACUCUAAACAAUUUUUCUCUAUGUAAUUGCUUCAUCAAUUUUCUAUUUUUAGGACCUGUCUCUUACUCAUCCUUGAAAAUUGAUACUUGUAAUAAAUUGAAAGUCAUAACUUUUAGGAAUAUAUGAUUUAUUGAAUCACAAUAUCAUGUUCUAAAAUGGAAUGAGUCUAAGGUUUGUACUGUACCUGAUUAUUUUCCCAUUUUUAUUCUGCAGCCUUUGAAAAUUUAUGAUAGCUGCUAGUCUGAACUGCCUUUUAAGUUGCAUGUACAAAAUACAAUAUUUUGGCCACAUCUCACCAAUUGUGAAAAUUUUUAACAGAAUCGUACACUUACUGAUUUCUGGCCAUGAAUUUGACCUGUGUAUUUAGCUGGUAUGUCAGCAUAUCCAUGUUAUGUACAUAUGUUCCUAAUUUAUCAGUGAUCUAAAUAAGAUACGAACAAUUGCAUUAUGAUAGUAAAAUAUUGCAACUGGCAUCUGGUAGAAGGACAGGGAAAAAGAAAAUACUUGAAAGGCCAUAGAUUUUUUUUUCUUCACAAUGUGCUUUGGCUUGUAUACUAUCCCAUACCAUCCAUGUGGGUUGGCCAGUACACUGGGUCAACUACAUAAGAAUCAUGGCAUACUUAUCCAAAGAGAGGCAGAAUUUAACAGGAUCAGUUCUCCAAUCUGGUUGAUGUCAUGCCUGUAUUGAUGUAAAAGAGAGAGUGUUCCAGAUAUGUGCUUAAAAAGUCCAAGGGCAAUGAGUAGGUCAGGCGGUUCAUGUGGUAACAGUCGUGGUUUAUGGUAUUUAAAGGAUGCAGGAUGUUGGAGUUCAAAAAAUACAAGUAGAAGAAAUUACUGUUUUGGCAUUGUCUGUUUUGGCAGGGAGCAAUAUCUUGACUAUUGUAGUUUUGUGCCAAUAGAUUGCUAUCAAAGAAGUUAAGCAAUAGCGAUACCAAUGAGUCUUGCAAGCUACAUUGAACAGGAUUAAAGUUAACUUCUACAGCUUGGCAUAACAUACAAAAUGGUCACAUCAAUAAUGUAGGCUUUGGCAAGAGUCCAACAGUAUUUAUGGCACAUGACAGAAGUGAUAGAAAGGUGAUAGAAAGUAUUGAAUCACAUUUGUGUAAGACCUGACUAGGCACCUGGGAACACUUCAGUCUAUUCACAACCUGUUCUGCACAACUAGGGGUUGGAGUCAACCACCCAAACAAUGAACGAGGUUCAGAUAUAAAAAUCAUGGCACAAAGGGCAUCCAGCAGGUAGGAGACCUGUGAAGUUUCUUGACAAAUGAUGCUGGGCAUGCAAGAAGUUUCUGUAAGUUCUCAUGAAGAUGGUGCAGCUCUUCUGGAUUACUAAAGAGACAAACCGUAACUAACUGGUGAAUUUCCCUGAGCAGAAUGUAAUAUCUGAGUGAGAGAGUAAUUGGGGAAAUACCAUUAGUAUUUGUCCUCUUUUUUCUUUCCUGUGCAUCUGCUUAUGGUGACUGUUGUGGCUAGUAUCCAGGCCAGUGGGUCUUCCUUUGAAUAAAUAGUGUGGUCAUUUGCCAUAGUUCUCAAGCUCUUCUGAGGUGUAGGUUGAACCAUGUGCCAUUAUGGAUGUCAUUCAGGUUACACUCUGAUGUCCUUCAUUGCUUCUCUGUGUUUCCUUCUGCGUGCCAGUACAGGCACAAUUUGCUGAUGGAGAGGACUCCUGGAGCCAUUCUGUGCUCUCCAGGGAGACCAGCUGUGUCAUGCAUUGGCAGGAUCUGCAGGUUUGGCUGGGCAAGCACCCACAACAGUGGACUGCAAUAAAGAUCACCAUUUGAGAGAGAUGCUGGCACUUCAUAACUUUGCAGAAUUUCCUGCAUCACAAGUUAUCUGUGGAAGGAUAGGGCAGGUCUCUGUACAUGCUGCCUUGUGAUAUACCUUCCUUGCAAACAGAUAUUGUUAGUUGUGGCUAUUGUUAGUUUGUGGGACAGGCAAAUUAGAAGGGCUGAAGGAGAAAAAUCUCUGUUUGAACCCAUAUGUCUCCCAGUCCUCUACCAUGGAAGAGAUGUGUCUGUUUGGUUUGAGCGUAUAUGGUCUUUUCAUAGGUGUCAUCCCUCUCCAAUUCCAGUAAAUGCUGUUUCACCAUAGUUAAAGUGGUUUGCAGAUAACCUUUUUGGGAAUUCUUGCUGCCAUUGUCAUUAAGGUGAAAGGGGGCUGCUUUUGUCGUACUUAGGGAUCAUUUAAUAAAAAAUGUCAAGAUUUGAACUAUUGCUAAUUAUUUUAUCAGUGGGAUUGUGGUGUAUCUAGAAGCAGAGCCCCAUGUCCACAAAGACAUUAGUUUAAUGGAAAAAGUGUGUCAGUUGACCAGGAUGCCUGAUAAUUAUUUGGAAAUUCCCAGUACUAAGAAGCAUGUGAGGAGGAGAUCCACGCAGCUGUGCUGAGUCACAGGCUUUCCACACAGCAUCCUGUCUGUUCUCGCAGUGUUUAUUCAGUGUGGCAGGAUACACCCUUGUCCCCUCCCAGUGUCUCAACCCACCUCCCACUGUCUGCACCAUCAGGGAAAAACCACAAACACUUUAUCAUAUUCAAUACCAUUGAUUGGCCCAAAAUUGAAGCCUGCCACAGCAUUAAAAAUAGUGUUAUGACAAAAAAAAUUUUCAUUAUGAAUAAUAUAACUUCUUUAUAAUUUUAGUGAACAACAUAAUAAUUAUUAUCAUUCAUAUUUAGAAAAUUUUUUUCUUAUAUUCAGCUGAAAUUUUUCUAACUUUUAAACUGCAGAUAUAUAAUGUGUAUGUCCUAGAUGUAAUAUGUUCUAGACACUGAUUAUGAAAAUGCUUAGUCAAUGCAUAUUUAGAAGCCAAGUGCUUUUAAAGAAGCAAAGAGCUAUUAGGAUUUGGAGGUUAUUUGCUGCAUGUGCAGAGCAGUCACUUUCACCACUGAAGAGAAAGACUGUUAGAGAAUGGGGAAGGACAGAAAACUUCCAUCUGCCUUGCUGCAGGAGGACCAUGUUGGAAUGUCAUGCCCUGGUUCUGCCCUGACGUCCUUUGGGGUGGCAGGAAGAAGUGAAUGCAUGCAAUACUGUACACCAACAACCCUACCCUGUUCACCUGAGCACAGCACAGUGCUACUGGAGCCCACCACAAAUAUGGGGCUAUUGCUGCAAGGCACAAAAUCAGGAAACAUUUUCAUUUCUCUUCUUUCUGUCUAAAACUAUUAAAUGUUUUUGGGGGAUGCACAGGGAGGAUUGCAAGGACUUGGAUUGCUAAUCAGCCCCCAGUGCAAGGAGCAAGCAAUUAAUUCCUUCAGACAGGGUGAAAUACUUUAUUCUGGCAGUUGUAUUUAUUCUAGUUGCAGUGGACUUUACCAGUCCCAGGCAAUUUUCACUGCUUUGGUUGCUAGGUGACUAUGUGAAGUGAGAUGCUUCACCCCAAGAUGCAGCCAUAAGAACAUUCAGCCAGAGCCUGUCUCCACCAGUUUCUUGUGAGGGAUAAUCUUGGGGUUUUUUUUGAUGGCCUGUUGUUUCCAGUUCUCAGAUAGUGAUGUAUUUGGCACAAGCCAGAGUAUGUUGCUGAGGCUUCACAUACCUGCUUCUGCAAGGUUCUAGUUCAGUAUCCACUGCAAGUCUGGGCUUGGCUUCUGCAGGCACAGUUGCUUCUGAGACCCUCUUUCUCACAGAACCACAGAAUGGGUCAGGUUGGAAGGGACUCCAGUGGGUCAUGUUGUCCAACCUCCCUGCUCCAGCAGGGUCAUCGGCACAGCACAGGAGAGCAGAGCACAUGGCACAGGAUUGUGUCCAGAUGGUCCUUGAAUAUCUCCAGUGAAAUUCUCCACAACCUCUCUGGUCAAUCUGUUGCAGUGUCUGGUCACCUGCACAGUAAAGAAGUUCUUCAUGUUCAGGUGGAACUUCCUGUGCAUAGUUCCUGCCCAUGGCUUCUUGUCCUAUUGCCUGGCACUAUUUCUGCUGUGCUUAAGGCAACUAAACUCACAAUUCUGGCUCUUGAUGAAUGAGGAGCUGUUUUCCCCUUUUCCUUCCUCUUUCCCAGCCAAGUAUUGCUGCAGCAGGGUGAGGUCAGAGAUCUGCCAGUUUCCCCUCACCGCUGGGGGAAGUUCCUGAUAAACUCACAUCCACCAGCUUUCUUUGCUGAAGACAAGUAAACCUAUUUACACUAUGUUUAAUAAUUUUACAUUGAAACAAUAUGAUAGUACCUCUGUAUACUCUUUUAACAGUCAAGAAAUGCCAUUUUGUAAAACAGUCUAAGAGGCUAAAGUGUAGGAGCAGCAGUACUUGGAUUUUAGCUCCCUACAAGUUCUGCAUGGUUGUUACCUGCAGUAGCUACUCAGUAUAUUAGCUAAUGUCUCUGGCUUUGAUGGCAAAUUAACUAUGAGUAUGGUGUGGGAAUUGAGAAAGUCUAAAUGUUUCACAAAUGUUUGCUCAUUGAAAGGUAUAUUCCUAGGGUUGCAAAGGUUAAUUCUGAAUAUUUAAUUCAACAUAUCAAUUGAUACUGGCAGCUUCAACACUAGCCUUACUGCUGAGCAUUUUCUGCAAAAUGAAGCCCAGUACUUUUCUACCUACUUACCAAUCUGUGGUUCCAGGGAUUUGAAAUAAAGAAAAUGUUGGAUUUUAUUUUGCCCAGUGUGUUUAGGCUUGUUGAGACUUUAGCAGAAAAGCUGGUUGAUCUGGUUUUUCUAGGAUGGAGUCAUAACUGUAUUAACUUUCCUGACCUGAUGAAAGAUAGGGUUUUUUUAUAGCAUGCAUAUUGUGGUGUACACAUGAAAAUGAUUGAAACAUUAUUAAUUUACCUCUUCUGAUACCGAAAAAUUACAUUAAAAUAUAUAAUUAAUAUGUAAUUAAAUAUUCAGUACUGGUCAUAGGAGAAUACAAUGAAGUAUUGUAUGAAGAUCUGACGGAUUUAUGAAAAGUAAUUAGGUGGUUCAGGUAAAAACCUGAUCCAAAGAGAUAAAACUCUUGGUAUUUGGCUUCCAACUCCCUGCAAAGAAAGUAGCCUUGUUCCUGCCAGCCUCCCACGCUGGGCAGAGCAGCAGGAGGCUGCCCCAGUGGGCUUGGACCUCUGGAUGAACUGCAGGCAAGGCUGUCCCUGCUGGAACAAACUAGCUUCCUUUGGCCUUGAUGGGAGUUACAGAUACUCUCUUGUGGAAGAUUUGUCUGAGCAGAGCUGGGGGAGAACAGGUCUGGCUGUUUCUGCUCUGUAAAAGCCUGACACUAAAGCAGGCACCCUGACUGCAAAGACAAAAAACUGCCCAAAACCAGCAGUAUGUCCUUACUGCAGGCACUGAGUUAGGGCCCUCCGUGCCUAAGGGUUUAGGGGAAGCUGCUGAAAGAAAAGGUGCAGUCUGCUCCAUGCCCAAGAGACAUCAGAUCUCUAAUCCAGAAGAUCCUGAUUCUGCUUUACCACUGGAUGUGGCAAAAAAAAAGUUCUUCCUUGCUCUGAACCUUCUGCUCCCCAAAAGAAAAUCUGCAGAGAAACAGAAGGAAGAGGAACACCGCCCUUUUUUACCCACUGCCUUGAGGACUGGGAUGUGUAAAGGGAAUUUCAGCUCAGAUAGCUCUUCAUACUAAGCAGCACUCCUGUCACCAAGUUAAAAAGUACUGCAGUGUCUGGACAUUUUUCGUUCUAUUUAUUAAGAGUGACCUGGUAGGAUGUGACCUAACACCACAAAAUCUUCAAAAAUGUGAAAUAAAAAUAUGAAGCUUCAUUCCCUACAUUGCUUUCCACAUUCUCAAUAUCUACAGCAAUGAAGUGAACAAUUAAAACAUAGACCAAAACUUUACAAAAUUAUCUGGUUCAUUCCCAACAACAGUGAAUUCCCCUAUUUUAUUUCUGACUAUGUAACAUAAUGGCAAACAUGAUAUCCCCAGACAGCACCAGUCUUUUUUAAAAGAGUGCUUGUUUAGGGAACUGUAAAAUAAUGCAUGCCAUUCAUUUUAACUAAGUAUAUAUUUUCCCU